GAGUCAAGACAAUUCUUUAAAGGAAAACAUGGUGCAAAGUCGUUGGAAAGUGCAAAUUUGUUAUGAAUUAGUCGCGUGUGAUUCCAGAUGGUUGGAAAGGAGGUCUGGUUCAGAUUCACACAUCAUAAUUGAUUCAUCCUAAUUGCUGAGAUGAGUGAAAGUACAAGCCGAUUAAACAUGAAAGAAAACUCGACGGUCUUCAAAAUUGACAAGUGCGCACUGUCAGGGUUAUGGUAUACUACUUGGGCGGUUUUGCUCGAGGAAAUUGAUACCCUACCUGAUCAUUAUACUCGAGAUAAAAUAUUGGAAUUAAUAUCUGUGGUGCAGAGUAAAAUACAAUCUCAAAUUGGAUACGAAUAUCAUUGGAUCGCAUGGAAAAUACUCGAGCUACUACAUGUUGACAGUUUGGCUGGAAGACCUGAUUUGAUAAAAUUUUUUCUAGUGCUGAAAUUGAUCACUGAGUCUAUACCAAGCAAUGUGGAAAAUGAGCUUGUUGACCUAUUCAACAAUGUCUCAGACGCCAAAAAUAUAAAAGAAGAUAUUGGGAAAAUUUCAGACGAGACAUUAAUAUUUCUAGAAGGAUGUUUGGAAAAAUAUCCCGCGCUUGCUUGCUGUAUUGUAAAGAGUUUGCUCUGUGUUUGGUCACCUUAUUUUCAACAAAGUGAUCAAGAUCUUCAGAAUCUCUAUAUCAAUACCCUGAAAAAAUAUGUAGGCGAUAAAAAAUCCCGCCAUGGUUCUUCGGAGCUUGAAACUCGGCGUUUAUGUGUUUCGGGAAAUUCUAGACUCAGUGAAACAGCAGCUUAUGGAAUUCUGCUCAGCAUAUUAUCAAAGAUGGAAUUAACUGAGGAAAAUAAUGACAAACUUAAAGCCUGGUUGUUUCCUGCACUUUUUGACAAGUGUAAGACCAGUGAUAUUGAGCUUGCUUUUUAUGCCAGGGAGAGUAGUGAGUUCUUGAAAGAGUGGAACAACUUUGUAGACGACAAAUUGAAGCGCUCAGAGCUCCCAAAUAACUUGGAAAAUGCUUUGGCAAUUAGUAAUGCGAUAUUCAUUUUCUCCGAUGGUGGUGAUGUGCAGAUCAAUCCGAAAGAGUUAGCUUAUCGAAUGAUCAAGCAUAAGAGACAUUGGCUCCUUGACAUAUUGGAUAUUUGCUGUAUUUUUCUGGCAAAUGGCUAUUUGGAAAAAGUUUCACAGCUCCUAUCCGUACCAAUUUUACAAGGACUCUGGGGAACUCUAUAUUUUAAAACCUUGAGUGACAUUUUGGGACCUUCAAGCCUCUUUUUGGGUGAUGCCGACGAACAGAUCACUACAAACUUAUGCAGUGGGUUGAGGUUUUUGUUGGAAAAAUGCCGUACUUGUUUUGCUGGUGAUGAAGUCUGGGAAAAAUUGAAUGAUUCUGCAGAACAUCAAUUGGAUAUUGUUGAAUGGGUAUUAAAAAACAAAAAAGUUGUUUCUGAUCAAGAAUUCGCUCAUGAAUUCAAAAAGGAUCUGACAAUAAAAUCUGUGUUGUCGUUACUAUUGAACCAUGGAGUUCUAUUUACUCUGAAUGCGUCGGUUAACAUACACGAGGUACCCUGUGAAGAAGUUGAAAAGAUCCUCCAAACUUCUCCAGAGUCUGCAGCAACGUUUAGAGCGUAUCAUGCUAUGCUAUGCGCAUUGAAAGCGAUUAUAAUUUGCGAUUCUUACCUAUCCAGAGCUCAGGACGUUUCAGAAUAUUUGAAAGCCAUGGAGAAGUCACUGAAGAAUUUGUUUCCAUUACAAUUAAAACUGGAAGUGAUAGAAAACAUAUUUUCAAUGCUAUUUCUGCGCAGCAAUGACUUUGGUGCUGAUUCAAACUAUGAAGAAAGAGAGGAAGAAAUGGAUGACAGGAAAAUACAGGUUGCCGAUUAUAAGCAAAUAUAUUCAGGAUUUAUUUGUAAUAAAUACAUUAUUAGGGAUCUCUUACACUAUUUAGGAAGCGCAAUUUCGGAUGCUCAAACCGAAUGCACUGGGUUGAGCGACCUAGAAUCCUCUGAUUCUGUGGAAAUUAAAAAAAAAUUAACCAGCAUUGAUCAAGCCGUGGCUGAUGCGAUUUGGAGAUUAGGAAUUGUAACAGGCCCUGAGUUUGUUGAAAAAAUGGGAGAUGCUGGAGCUGAUUCAUCAGAAGCACCAGAAGUCUUCGAUUUCUCUGAAAUACUGCUCAACAAAAAAUUCAACCCCUCAACAGUGCUCAGAAACAAAGCAAUAUUUUAUGACCUAGCCGAUAGCUCAUUGAGGGAUGACGACAGCAAGUCAGAAACAGACUUCAUUUCUGACACUGAGUCCGUUAAUGCUAACAACAGUAUUGCAGGAACACGGAGAAAAUACAGGAAACGAAGCAUAGCUGAAAAAUCUCCAAACCAACUUACUUUUAAUUCGAAUUAUUCAUACAUUCUGAACUUGAUGCUUUCUUCAAAAGAAAACCUAAUCAGACAAUGUCUGUCUAAGUGUGACUUUGAAAAGGCCCAACAAGUCAUUCAGAUUUUUAAUGCAAGUGAUUCCCAGUUGGAUGGUGAAGUACGGCUGUCAAAAGCAAUCAGCCAGUUUCGACAAAAAAUGAAGGACUACAUCAAAGACAAUGAUCAACCUGAAGUUGUCGAUCAAAAUGCACAAAUGUCAACACUUGAGAAUAUACGGCAAGCGGUUCAGGGAGGAAUUCAAACUUCACGUUUGAGAAGUCAGUUGGAGACCUUCCUUGCGUUGAACAAAAUGACUAUGCUUUUGAUAAAUCCCGAUGAAGCUAACACAAACGAAAUCCUUACCUUGACUGUUCUGGAUAUUGCUCUAACGACUGCAUAUUCACAUUCUUGUUCACUCAACACCUGCGAGAUAGCAGCCAAAUAUUUGAAGUCAUGUAAAAUGAUCGAUACGACUAUGUACUCCACAUACUUUUCUAAAGUCACCAAACUAUUAUAUCAGAGCAAACUAAACUCAUCGCUACCAGUCAUUCUCUGUGACUCUGCUAUACCGUUAUCAAUCCAAAAAUAUAACGAGAAAAUGGAGAUUUGGAAUGAGGUAGAAAACGUUGUAAAAAAAUUCAACGCAUCGCAGGCCCAGAAAGGAAACUUACAAAAAAAAGUUUGGCGUGAAAGUCUGAUUGCUGAGCGAGAGAACCUGGAACAACUUACGGCACUUUGUAAUGGGAAACCUUAUUUGUGCCAGAUCUUCACUCACUUAAGCAUUCUUGAAACUAUUCUCCCAAAAAGCGUUGACGAAAAUUUUGCUGGAAGUUUGUACAGUAUGCUGGAAGUGCCAAUCCAUGCUUACCUCGGGAAUCGAUUUUUUGAGCCUGGAGUGGAAGUGGAAGAACUUGAAGUCAUUGCCAAAGACCUUCGAAUGAAUUUAGCGCACAGUAUCCUUGUCAGCUGCUAUCCAAACUUUUCAUUCUCAGAGACGAUAGCGACAAACGCAGCACAUUCACACGGUUACAUCAUACUGAAUGAGACUUCGACAAGUAUGAUUUCGCAAAAAUAUGGGCCCCAGCAUCCAAAUGAAUGUCUUAAAGAAAUUCUUACCUUACUCUUGGAUACAGUUAAAUCUGUUCAUCCCAACAAAUCCAUACUGAGUUGUGCAGAUCUUCAAAACUUAUCUAACACCUCUGAGAUCCAAGAGAUUCUUGGUAGAACAACUUCCCUUGUGAAUUUGGACUUAUGUGAAUUAUCUGCUGGGAAUGAAACAUUGACGUUUUUUUUGAACCUUUGGAACCUCCUGUUUUUACACUCUCUAUUAACCAUUUGGUCAAGAAAUCCUCCAUGCAACAGGCUUCAGCACAUUGUUUCCACAAUGAAGAUAGCUUACCGAGUCGGUGAUCUAGGAUUGGUUACUUUGACUACCCUCAGAUCAAAAUUACUUGGAAAUUUAUCUUGGGACUUGGAAUUUUUUAAACAAAUCGAAGCUAUUAAUGAACUUGCAUGGCAAGACUUGGAUAUUCCAGAAGAUCCUAGGGUGAUUUUUGCAAUGGCUAACGAAUUUUUCGGAUCUCCAGCCGUUCAGCUAUACGAUUCACAGAAGUUAGAUCAAGACUUGAACGCUUCGAUUCAGAACUGUAUUGCUUGCUACCAUUGUAUAGAGCCAGCUAACGAUGGUACGGAGAUAGAUUUUUGUUGGCUGCCAGAGUCUGUUCGUCGAUACCAAGAUUUUCUGCUAGAAAAUGCCAGUCUUGCCCAUCAAACUUUUGGCUCGAAUUUCGAUGAAAGUUUUACCUUACGCAGAUUACUGAAUACGAGCGAAAGAAAUCUGGAGUUCAAGUACAGACCGCCGCUGCAUCAGUACGAAUUUAGACUUGAUUAUUCGGAAAAUGAGUUUAGUUAUCUAGCUAGCAACAAAAAUUUACGUUUUAAAACACACAAUCUUCCUCUUAUCCCGGUGCCGCAGAGUAGAACCAUUGAUGCGAAAUUGUUACAAUAUUUAGAAGGCCGAUGUUGGCUUUUGUCUUACCUAGUGCAAAGAAUUAACGAGAAAAUCCCAACGAUUUCUGGCAACGCGGAGCGCUGUAUUUGUCUCGAGAACCUCCUACAAUCACCGUGGGCUCAGCUUUUAAAAAAUAGUUUCGAUGAAAAUCAAGCAAUUGUUGGAAUGCACGAAAACGUGUCGUACAGGGAGCUCUGGACAAAUUUCGAAUCCUUGGUAAAAAAAGAGAAAUGGCAGCAUUGCUUAGACCUCAUAAAUUGUUUGCCGGAUAAUUUCACCAAAUGUGACAGUGAGAUACAAUUUUUGAAAGAUAAAGUACUGAGCACCUUAAUCGCUACACAAGGACUGGACGGUGAAGAGGUGCUAAAAUAUCUUCGCCAAUUAAAAAAUAUCCACAUGCUAACGGCUACAAUUUUGUCAAAUUUGCGAAAAUGGUCCGUCACGGUAUGUAAACGAGCUUUGACUUAUGUGUUGAAUCACCGUGACAGAGACGAACUUCCUUCACACAUAAAAAUGCAGAUGAAAGCAACCCUUUGCAGGGUAACAGCCUUCUGUAAAAUGUUACCUCAUUUUGCAAAUAAUCCGGAAACUGAACAUAUCACUUGGUAUGGCAUUGCCAGUAGUGCAAAUAAAUCGGAUCCGCUAAAAAUAGUUAAAUCUCUAAUCGAAGCGAACAAGUUUGAACUCUGUUUAGAGUGGCUUGAGUAUCACGCCUUUUCAAAUGAAUUGCAAUCCCUCGUUAGUCAAGAUCUUCUGAUUGGAUUGCUGGAAAACGACCGGCAGGAUUUCGAGCCAGUAACCAAGUUUUUGCGGGUAUUGCCGUCCACCUACGUGACCACAUUAUGCAAUAGCGUUAUUGAGAAAUUGCAAUCGAUCCCUGCAAUGAAAUUUAUCGCCGGUUAUCUGUUGAAAAUAUGUGAGCCUGCGGAUUCGGUGGAACAUCACAAGAUCUUGAUCAGCAUUGAGAUAUUGUCAAGGAUCGAGCAUAAAGAAAGAUCGUCGUUUAUCCAUCUGUUGAAAGAGCCGUUGUUAAUGUUGGAGCAGUUAUUGAUGAAUAGCAAGUUUGCAAUACUUCAGAAAAUUCUCAGCUCUAUAUCCAAAGACCUGCCAAAGUCGAAAAUUUCCCGAGAAGAUAUCGACAAGUUAGUCAGAUACUACGCAGGAAAGUCAUUGGAGUUCAGAGUCGCUCUACAACGCGAUAACAUCGAGUCUAGAUCUAAGGAUUCUUCUUCAAUGAGCACUGAUAUGGAUAAUACCGAGUUCGUGAUGCCCUCAAGAGUACCAACAAAAGACGACUGGGUCCCAAAUGAUAAGACACGGGUAUGCAGCUGCUGCAAGUCCAUAGUUUUCUCGAUGUUCAACCGACGUCAUCACUGUAGGAGAUGUGGACGAGUAGUGUGCGCCGUUUGUUCACAACAGCGCAUGAGAGUACCAACUUAUCCAGACUCCGUACAAGUUAGAGUAUGUGACGAUUGUAAACGAGAAACAAUUUUGCGGAUGCAGCAGCAAUUCGGAACCCCUUCUACUCCCAGCAGCGAAGCGUUCGAUUAUUGGAGAUUAACCACAAACGAGAAUCACAAUCAAACGAUCAGGGAUGAAUUUUCCUUCGAACACGCACCCAGCGUCUCAUUGUGCCUGGCUAUCCUCAAUCUCCACUCGGAUCACAAGGCUUACGCGAGCUUUCUCUUGGACCGGUGUGACGAAAUAAAAAAACUUCUCCGUCCCGUUGGUUCAGGAAGGGCGAAUCCAGAGGUGGAUUACAAUCUGCUCAUUAAAAUGAUUCAAUCUCUCUUAGUGGCUGCCAAAGUCAAGUGCGCCAAGCUAUCUUUAAACACCGGUUUGGAUAAUUGCGAUAGUCUACUUUCUCAUAUGGAUCUCGUUGCGACUUUGGUCCAGUCGGAUUGCUCGGCUCUUAUUCCAUCCCACCAGUUAGAUGAACAUUCUCUCAGAAGAUUGAGAGACUUUUUGACAGAAAAAGAACAGUGGGUGCUUGCGCUGGAUGUAAGUACAAAGGCUGGUCUAGAUCGUCAAGGAGUUUGGGCUGCCUGGGGUAAGGCGUAUCUAAAAGUUGGGUGCUACAAUGAAGCAAGAGAGAAAUUUGCCCAUUGUUUGGACAAGGUAUCCGCCGACUCUUUCGAAGACUGGGUAUUUUUGCCAUCUUACUCUCAAACGGAUAAGGGUUCUGACGCAUCUGCUACAAGUUCCAAAAAAAUCACCAGAGAAAAGACAAGACCUGCGAAAAAUCCACCUCUGUUAAUUGAAAUCCUGCAGAUACUUGAAAGCUCUACUUUCAAUAGACAAUCCCGACGCACUGCCACCGCCAAAUCAUUUACCGCUCAUGACAUUUCCGUUACAUUGAAUAACAUCAAAGCGAUUAGUCAGGGUCGUUACCACUACCUUGAACCAACUACUAACGCAGAUAACGCUUAUUACCACGAAAGUUUGCACUAUUUGCUUUCUUAUGGAAGCAAUUCUGCGAUAUUGGAAUUUUUCGUCAAGCAUGAAAAGUAUGACGACUGUUUACUUCAUGUCUUGGAGAACAAGGUUGAUCCUGAAAUCUUUUUCAAUAGCGUCUACUUGUUCUGCUUGAAGAAUGGUUGCGUUGAGACAUUGCACGAAGCUAUAAAGGCGAAAGAUCCAAAUUUAUCUAUCUGGAAAAGUUAUCUAGUCUUCACGUGUCACAGUUUAGAGACGAGAAAGUUGCUGAACACUCUCUACCAGCUCCAAAUAUUCAUCAAGGAUCACGUCAGAGCUUCAAUGUCUUGCAUACGCUUCUAUAUUAACAGAGCUACAGAUUAUACGGAUCUGUGUAAUCGAUCUAAUUUUUUGAAUCAAGCUCAGAAACACCUUGAAAUGGAACUACAGGCACAACAAAGUUUUGGUCCAAAACGACGGAAAAAUUCCAGUUCCCUUCAUGGUGCACAAAGUGCUCUUACGCUGGAACUUGAGUUAUCCGAUAUCGACAGGCACAUCAAUACCAUUUCAAGACAGAUGGAGAUAGCAAAAUUUUUGCGCUACAGCGAACAGGAGGGACGUAACGUGAAUAAAUUCUUGAUGGACCUUUCAAGCAUGGAAAAUGAUAGCUCAAAGUUUCCGGAAUUACCUACUCUGUUUGGAACCCAGUUGCAAAAAACCCAAUUGGCUGUAUUAGCUAUACUAUGCGGUCGCGAUGUCGAGGAAGGUUUCGGUAUCGCUUUUCGCAUAAUUCAAGAUUAUAAUCUGCGGUCGGAAAAGGUUUACUCUUUGGCAGGGCAUAUCCUGGCUUCUGAAGAAAAAAUCAAUUCUGUCGAACAACUGGUCAAGUGUUGUCGCAGUUCAGGAGCCCCAGAUACCAAUGCUUUAUCCGAUCGUGUCUUGGCACAUUGUGUCAAGUUACUUUUAAACUCUUCUCGGAACGAAUCUGAAUCCAGCUCAAAAGAUAGAGUCAGCUCUCUUAUAAAAUUGAUAACAGAUCUUGAACUGAAGAUAAGUAUGUGUAUUGAGAGCCGGCAGUUAAAGGCAGCCUACCUUUUGGCAGUGAGGCAUUCAAGGCCACAGGAUGUGAAAAAAAUUUUCAAAGAAGCAGACAGGUUGCAGCAGCACGCUAUCAAAGCCAUAUGCGCCAAAUGGCUUCAAAAAAUGCAGAAAUCAUGAGAAGUCUGAUCAUUUUUGCUUACUUUAUUUGUAGGUGUUGAACGAAUGAGGUUUUCAAUCUGAGAUUACUAAAUAUUGAAAAUUUAUCUCCACGCCCGAUUUUUGACGCAAGCGAUUCUGUGAGAGUCUUGUAUCUUUGACUGGUAUCGAAUAUAUUUCUUAGUCUAGUAGCUCAUUGCGAUACCUCUCCAGAAUUAUUACACAUUAUAUUAAUUUAUUUUGCUAAGAUUUAUUCACGUUUAUACAAUAUCUGCUGUAGAUAAUAAGUGAUCAAAUAUUUAUAGGUAUAUGAUUAGCUGUGAUAUAUUCCGACCUUCUCUUGGUCAGCUAUGUCACUCGAGAAGGAUAUUGAAAUCUCGUUAGCAAUAGCGAGCUACGAUUAGGUGUACAACAAUGUUUUUUACACCCCAAAAACAGCCAUAGAUUCUAAGAACUGAAUAAUGAAAACCGAAUGAUCGUACAUUCCUAGCUUUAUGGGUUAUUUGUUUUUAUCCGUACACUGGAAUUGGAUUGCUGUUGAUUUUUCAGAGGUAUGACAAAUCAGUGAAUGGUAAAUGCACUUAGAAUUAAAUUAUAAAUAUUCUUUAUUCAUUUGAUACAUGAUUAUAUUUUGUCAGGCAUGUCAAUUACGUUUUUUUCUAGCAAUGUUUGGUGCUAAUGUUACAUGGAAUGUUAUUAGAGGUAUUGGUGUGAAGUAUAUCAUUUCUUUCAUCAAUUGUACCAGCUCCAACGAGGAGGAUGUGAGUCUAAUCAUCUACUAUUUCGUUAUUAAUUUAUUCAUUGCAAUAGCCGUUGCACUUAAUUCACUUCAUGUAUAUGUAAAAAAAAAAAAAAAUAACUAAGAAACGAACUCCUACAUCAAAGCUAUUUGAUAAUGUUAUUCAUAAUAGAGCUUUACAAUUGUUUGUGGCUAAAAAGAAAUAAAUCUUCUAAGCCAGCUGUAA